AUGCUACCUUAUAACAGCAGCUGCCUCUCUACUGAAGUCUCAGACUUCAUCCUGAAUUGCUUUGUCAGGUCUCCCAGUUGGCAGCACUGGCUAUCUCUGCCCCUCAGCAUCCUGUUCCUCCUGGCCAUGGGGGCCAAUGCCAUCCUCCUGAUCACUAUACAGCUAGAGGCCUCUCUGCACGAGCCCAUGUACUACUUGCUUGGCCUCCUUUCCCUGUUGGACAUCGUGCUCUGCCUCACUGUCAUCCCCAAAGUCCUGGCUAUCUUCUGGUUUGAUCUCAAGUCCAUCAGCCUCCCUGCCUGCUUCCUCCAGAUGUUCAUCAUGAAUAACUUCCUGCCCAUGGAAUCAUGCACCUUCCUGGCCAUGGCCUAUGACCGCUAUGUCGCCAUCUGCAAGCCUCUCUACUACCCAACCAUUAUCACUGACCAGUUUGUGGCAAAGGCUGUUCUCUUCAUCUUGGCCCGGAGCACAUUUCUUACUGCACCUAUUCCCAUCCUUUCGGCCCGGCUGCAUUACUGUGGAAAAAAUAUAAUUGAGAACUGUAUCUGUGCCAACCUCUCUGUGUCCAAGCUCUCCUGUGAUAAUGUUUCCCUUAACAAAAUAUACCAGUUAAUUGUGGCCUGGACUCUUCUGGGCUCUGAUAUUGUCCUCAUAUUUAUCUCCUAUAUCCUCAUCCUAAGAGCCAUUCUUAGACUUAAGGCAAAAGGGGCAGCUGCCAAAGCUCUAAGCACAUGCGGCUCUCACUUCAUUCUCAUCCUCUUCUUUAGCACCAUCCUGCUAGUCUUUGUUUUUACCCACAUGGCCAAGAAAAAAGUUUCCCCAGAUAUUCCCAUCUUACUUAAUGUGCUACAUCAUGUAAUUCCUGCAGCACUAAAUCCCAUUGUCUAUGGGGUACGAACCCAGGAGAUUAAAGAGGGAAUUAGGAAAUUACUGAGGAGGGUAGCAGAGAGAUGCAAGUAA